UUGUGACAGCUGUGUAUUUAGUAAUAACGCGUAAAGGUAUUUUUUUAUUAUUGCAAUUUAAUAAAAUAAAUAUUUUGUUUUUACUGAAAAAUAUUAAAUAAAACUAAAACAUAUUGAGCCUCCCUCCUCUCACAACACCACGAACGUACUGAGCAGCUUUAAACGGUAACAGAGAGUGAGAAAUUAAAAAGGAAAUUUAGGGAAUAAAAUAUACUAAAACUUAAUUACAAUUUUUAUAAAACACAACAACCAAGGCCAUUUUUUAGAGCAUUUUUUUUGUGUGUGAUUGCCAGUCUGUCUUUUAGCAUUUUGGCAAUAGUGAGCUAAAAACACGCUUAACCAUGGCCACUUAUUCGACAAACAGUGAAGGAAAAUUUAUACCAGCCACCCAAAGACCAGAUGGCACCUGGCGCAAGGCACGUAGAGUAAAAGAAGGUUAUGUGCCGCAGGAGGAGGUGCCGCUUUACGAGAGUAAAGGUAAACAAUUUGCCCAACGAAAAGCCACUGGAUUGCCGCCGGGUCUAUGUCCCGAAGUGGUGGAGGCGGCCAAAAGGGAACGUGAGAAAAAAGAAAGAGCUAAAGCCAAAAAAGAGGCUGCUGCUUUGGCUGCCAAACAACAACAAAUACCUGGUGUACUCAAACUACCCGCCAAUGUUAAUCUAACUAAACCUAUCAUGAAUGGUCAGAAAACCAAAGCUUCCCCUGCUGCAGCAGCGUCUAAUAAACAAACCCAAAAUACCACAGCAACAACAACAAAAACUCUAGAAGCUUUAAGCCAAAAUCUAUCAGAUAAUCUUAAUAUCGAAGAAGAUUCUCAGGAACUGCAAAAGAAAUGCAAAAAACUUAAUAAGAAAUUGCGUGAAAUUGAGGAAAUCGAAAAGAAACUUAAAAGUGGUGCUCUCAAAAAACCCGAAAAAGAUCAAUUGGAUAAGGUGGGGCGUAAGAAAGAAAUCGAAAAGGAACAUAAAAAACUAUUAGCCAUUUUGGUGGAUACUAAAGGUCCAGAAGCCAUAGAGGGUCUUACACCUACCAACAGCAGUUGUUAAACAGUGCCAUUCAUUACUAAGAGUUGCUGUUGUGUAAUUAAAAGUUUCCUUUUUUUAAGUUUUUUUCUUUCUUUGCUUUUUUAUUUGUUCCUUUAAGUUGGCAAAACAAAAAAAAAGUUAUUUUUUAAUAAAUUUUGUUUUAUUUUAAGUUGGCUUUAG